AUGGCCGCUCUCAAGACCACCCUCGUGCUGCUCCUCAUUGCCUUCGCGAUGUUGGCCUCCGUUGGCGCCGUCCGUGUGGGCCCCUGCGACCAGGUCUGCUCCCGCAUCGACGCUGAGAAGGACGAGUGCUGCAGAGCUCACGGGUACAGCGGGUACAACAGCUGCCGAGGCGGUAGAAUGGACUGUUACUGA